GUUGACUAACGUGCUCGGAGAGCUCUCUUCGUGCAUAACACGAUUUUCCCGCGAGAGUGAAGGAAAACUCAACCUACAGCUUGCAGUUUGGCAAAACAAGAGAGUACCAAGCCCUUAAGAUAGGCAAAACCUGCAGCAACGUGCCAGUGCGAGAACGUUAUCCGUGCUUUGUGGUCUUAUCGCGAUAUCCUUUACGUCCGGCCUAUUCGUGUCAUGGGUAUGUGUAGUACCGUUUGAGGUCGUGCGCAUCCCUUCCAGAAAACCCAUCCCUAGCUAAAGCCACCCUAUCGGGGCCUAACCGCAGUUAUGCACCAUCAUACAUCAUCGGCAGUGCGAUAGCGACGAUAUAUCCCGUCGAUAGUGGCUACUCACUUUCCAAAUGUGGCAGUCUCCAGCGUUGAGAAUGGAUUGCAAUUGUACACGAGUGCAAAUUUUCGUACAGUGAUAACGUAGGGAAAACGAUGACAUCAGUCCGAAAGUUGUAGGAACGGUUAGAUAGGAAUAUAUUUCCCUGGUUUCCUCCCGACAUCCUGCCAGCCCUUCCAGACUUUCCAGAAGCAUCCAAAACUUUGCAACCCAAUAGGCAACAAAAACGCAUCUUCUCGGCCGAAAGCAGCAAAUCUUCAUUUCGGAAUACCCUCGUACUUACGGUUCAGUAACAUCCGUAUCUGCGUAUCGUGCGUUUGUUUCAAGAUCAGAGCAGUCCUUUGUUUGAAGCUCUCAUACACUUGCGUACACGCACAUCUCUGCUGUAGAUUCCGCAGCCUCCUUUUUGCGUCCGAGGCGGACGCAUCGAUUAUACGCUGUGGCGAAUAUUUUCAAGUGAAUUUUUACGACAGUUAGCAGCUUCUCUUAAAGGCUAGUAAAUUUAUCAGACUGAUUUAUGUGUGUGUGUGUGUGUGUGUGUGUGUGUGUGUGUGUGUGUGGUACGUGCUGUCUUCGAGCUAGAUAAGUGUUUGCGUGUUUGAGGAAGCAGGGUAUAUUCUAAUCGUUCAAAUAUCGAACGUGCUAGUUAAAUUGAAAAUAUACACCACCAGAGCAAUAUCAAUAAAAGUCAAACAACAGUAAUCCAUCAAAGCACCCUCACGCCUAGCGUGAGCACGGUAAGGCAGACGGUGAAAAAGUGAGUAUUUUUCAAAUAUUUGCCAAACGCACCGAGUAAGCAAACGUCCCAGUGUAAAGUAGAGUGUAGCGUUGCUUGUCUGGUAGAUGUCCUGCGAGAGAAUCCGAGUCCGGCUGUGAGAUCGUACGAGUGAGUGAGCAAGUGUGGUCUGCGGAUGUGUUCUGUGCCGUUUGCCGUUGGGUGAUCGAGCGGGUGUGAAAGAAGGAAACUGAGUGCUAGGGCGUUGGUACGGUGGUCGAAGCGAGUAAAACGCUACAGAGUGGAGGCAACUGAAAGCGAACAGCAAAUAUAAUUCCAGCAGCAACAACUGCUUCUGUAGCAGAACGGAGAAAAGUGUUCAGCAAUAAUAACAACGUUUGCUGCUCUCCGUAUCCCGGCAAUUUGGCUCGUGUUGCGAGAGGAAAAUCUGCAACAUCUGCUAUUGCUCUCCCCUUGACGCCCGCUCCAUUGAAGUGUUGUGGUGUCACGAGGAAAAAUCUGCCAAGAGCGGUGGCAAAAGCGCACACACACUCAGAAGUAGGCCGAGAGCGUGGAAAACAGGAGCCAACGAGUUGUAGACGUGUGGAGCGGCGAAAAUGUCGACAAAAGAUGCUAACUUUAUGCUGUUUUCAAACAUCAACGACUGCUCGUAUGUUUCUUGCUACUGCGAGGAGAAUGUCUGGAAACUGUGUGAACAAGUGAAGAAAACGUAUCCCUCGGAACUUCCGAAAUGUUAUGCUGUUUUUGUGUCCAACGAACGGCGCACUGUACCCUUAUGGAGACAGAAAGCAGGUCGAGGCGAUGAAAAGCUGGUGAUAUGGGACUACCAUGUGUUUUUCAUGCACAAUCCGUCACCGAACCGGUGUCUGGUGUUUGAUCUAGACACAACGUUACCGUUCCCGACCUACUUUCACAAAUAUGUUACUGAGACGUUCCGAUCGGAUUAUGCCUUAACGCCAGAGCAUCACCGUUUUUUCAGAGUGAUUCCGGCAGAAAAAUACUUGGCUGAGUUUUCCUCGGAUCGACGGCAUAUGCGUAGACCAGAUGGAUCCUGGAUUAAACCACCGCCGUCCUACCCACCAAUACAGACAAGCGCGAGCACCCACAGCUUAGACGAUUUCAUCUGCAUGAAACCUGGAAAGGGACCGGGUGCGGUUUACGAUUUGUUACAUUUUGUACAACAAUUCUAUAAACCGCCGGAUCGGAACAUUGGUACCAAAACGCAAAAUUAAAAUCACAUUACGGCAAGCACAACGGGUCGCAGCGAAAGAAUGUUCAGCAAUGCCGGUGGCAAUAGCUAGCAAGAACUAAUUAGCAACUGUAAGCGGUAAUCACAGGAUUCUACGUUUCGACCGGGUAUUGUGUGGUGCAGGGGCGAGCAGAUACGGUACCUUAUCAAAACGCAACACCAGAAUACGCACCGUGCCAUUGUAGAAACAGCAUGAAGAAGUAUGUAUGUUUGAUGGAGAAUUAGUGAGUUUGGCAUGUUUUUGUAUGCUGAAAUCAAAUUGUUGUGGCCAGUAAUUGCAAGCUGGAAUAGAGCAAACAAAAACUACCAUUAUAAAGCAGUGCAACCAAUAGUUAUUAAGAACAACAUGUCAGUAUGUGAAAGCUGAAUAAUAAUGAGAAGGUGUCUUAAAAGCCAAGUAUUCACUUCUCGCUUUUAAUAAUGCAAUAGAAAGGGGCAAUCUUGGUAAUGAGUUUUCAAUUUAAAUCAAAGCAUAAGCUGCAUGAUAAAAACGCCUACAACUAAAUACACAAGUAAUAAUUGUUUAAAAAACUAGAAAAAAGAGGGUUUUACCAGUUAUGUUUUGAUUUUCAUUAGAGUUUGUUUGUGCGACUGCUUUUAUGUAACAAUUCUUUACUAAUAUGCCGAAAUGUACUAAGAGACCUAAGAAUUAACCAUACAUAUGUUAGUAUUAUAUGGGAAACAAAAUUAUUACCAAACAUAAAUCAACCUAAUGCGCACUAAACUAUGAGUUACAGUUGUAAAAUUCAUUGUUGUCUAACGCACAUAAAAUAAGCAUUCAAGCUUGGAUCUAUAGAUUCCUAAAACUCGUAAAAAAUCAAAACAUACUUCUCAUAAAAGUAACAUCCAUGCCUCAUAGUUUAGAAAUAUUAAAUAACAUCGACAGCAUAACAUAACACACAUUUUAAAAGUACAGAAGAAAAACACUACAAUUUUCCAAUCAUUUUACAUCUAUUUAGGCAAUAAUGCAGCAUCAUGCGUUCAUGAAUAUAUUUUCAAAAUGAAUCAAAAGGAGCGUGGUUGCGCUACCUAAUGAACGAAACAGUGUAAUGAAUUCAAACUAGUUGGGAAGUUGAAAAGAGCAUCUGAUAGUUAUCUGUGAAAAUAUAUCUUCUACUCUACAAUGUGAUAUUAGUUAAUUAAUAACAAGCAUUAUAACACCCCCGCAAAAACCACAACCAAUGUAUCGGAAUGCAGUUUAACGUAUCGAAGAGUAGAUGAAGGAAAUUCAGUAAUGAUAUCAUACAACACAGUGAAAUGAAAAUCAGCAUACGAAUAUCAUAUUUUGUUAAUCUUUUUAACAAUAGUAUGGCUUA